UAAACAUUUGUCGCCUCUUCUCAAAAACAAAAAAUCCUGAUAAAAGUCAGUAGCGUAUAAACAUUGACUUGUUAAAGUUGAUAACAAACAUUAUUGUUCAGAAGUUUAUUAUUAGAAGUUGUCCACAAUUGGAAUUCAAAGUAUCGUUGAAGUGUAAAAUAAGAUUUAUUUAAUGAUGAAUUCAAAAAUAUAUUUGCCUAUUAGACAAUUUGUGACACGUGCCGCUAAUGAAGUUAAGGAAAAGGCAAUUCCAGGACCGAAAUAUUAUCCUUUCCUUGGUCCAAUAAAUGAUAUUUUAACAAUGGGAAAAGCUGAAAAAUUGCAUUUGACUAUUGAUGAAUACCAUAGAAAAUAUGGCCCUGUGUUCAAAACUAAGUUAGGAUCAACGGAUGCUGUCUUCAUAUCAUCGCCAACAUUUAUUCGAUCAAUAUUCAAUCACGAAGGAAAAUUUCCGAAGCAUUCAAUGCCACCUUCUUGGCUUUAUUUUAAUAAGAAACAUAGCAUCAACAGGGGACUUUUGUUCAUGGAUGGUGAAGAAUGGUAUGAACAUCGAAAAAUUAUGAACUCCAUUCUUAUGAAAGAUUCCCAGUGGACUGAAACCAUAAUUCGAGUUACAUGUGAUAACUUCAUUAAAAAAAUUAAACGAUCUUUUAACACUGAAUCUGAUGAAGUUAUUGAUAAUCUUGAAGAUGAAUUAUAUUUGUGGUCAACUUACUCCAUAUUGAAUCUUAUGCUGGGAUCAUCAACACAUGAACAAAGCGAUCGUGAAUUUGAUGAAAAUGUAUGGAAAUUUGUUACAUCAGCAAAGCAAAUUUGGACAACUUCUGCUAAGCUUCUGACAAUUCCUCCUGCCAUAGCUGAUAAGUUGCAUUUGAAAGUGUGGAAGGAUUUUGAAAAAACAGUUCAUGAGUCGAUUUCUCUAUCUCGAAAAAUGAUUUCUGCUUUCAACGACAAAAAUGUUUUCAAUUGCUCUAAGGAUGGUUUAUUUAUGAAAUUAAAAUCACAUAAUUUGUCAGAUGAAAUGAUGACUCAAAUUCUCUCAGAUUUGAUAUUUGCUGCUGGAGAUACUACAGUGUCUACAAUGUCUUGGUGCCUCCAUAAAAUAGCGAAACAUAACGAAAUUCAAAGUAUGAUGAGAAAAUCAAUCUACGAAAGUGAUUUCGAUUAUGAAACUCCACUUGUUCGAGCAUUUCUUAAAGAAGUUUUGAGACUUUAUCCUGUUGCCCCAUUCAUUGGAAGGAUUUUAGACACUGAGGCAACUCUUGGUGCAUACAAAAUUCCAAAGGGUUGGUUUGCACUCACAUCACAAUAUUCAGCAGGCCAUGACCCUCAAAAUUUCGUUAAUCCUGAGAAAUUCUCCCCAAAACGUUGGUUGCGUGAUGAAAAGACUGAGAAACUUCAUGAUUUUAAUGCUUCUCUACCUUUUGCUAUGGGGGUUCGAUCGUGUGUUGGCAAAAAGAUUGCAACAUAUCAAAUUCAUACUUUAAUCACAAAAAUUUUACAAGAAUUCAAUUUAACAUCAUUCAACAAGGAUGAAGUUGAGUACACUCUGAAGCUCAUAGGAUUACCUAAUAAGAAAAUCUUGAUUGGAUUUAAGGCAAGGCAAUAAUUUACUUCAAACAUUCUGAUCUGAGAAGCUUAAUUAAUAUUUUAUUAUUCAUCCAUAUCUAAAUAAUCAAAAAAAAUUGUGUUUUGCUUUUAUAAAUUUUAAAGUUUUAUUUGAACAUUUGAAUUAACAUUUAGUCAGGCACUUUUGCUUAAUAAAAUCCAUUUAUGUGCUAUUUCAAGAAAAUUUUAAUUUAGCAACAAAAAGAAUUAAUGAAAACAUAAAUAAGAUCUGAGUAUAUGGAUAAAUAAAGAUCUGAAUUACAAGUUUCAUUUUGAAAAACUGUUAAAUACUUAAGCUUAGUUUAAUUUAAUCUACUGUAAUUGUAGUUAAAAAGUUCUUUCAACCAAAAUUUGUUAAUUUUUAUUGAAACUUUCAUAUGGUGGAGGGUUGUCAUGAUUACUUGGCAGUAAAUUAUUGAAGUGUUCCUGAUUUUGCUGGAAUUGUGGUGGAGCUGAAGGAGUCUGCUUUACGUAAGUCACAUUGGAAUUUGGAUUUGCUUGAUUUCCAUUAGUUGUUGUCAAAGGUAAGCUGCCUUCUGAUUCUUUCUUUCUUUUAUCAAGAUACACUUUCAACCCAUAUGCGGCAAUCCAGAAGACAAGUGUGAAUAUUAGGAAUCCAAUGAAGAACAUUCCAGGAAAAUACGUAGAGUAAAAGGAACUUCCAUGACUUUUUGUAAAGUUUUCAUGAAACUCUUGACUAAUUUUUUUACGAGCUUCCCAAUCUUCAGUCGACUUCUUGAAGAAAUGAUCAUUGUCUUCUCUCAUUCUUUUGAAAUUUUCAUCAAAAUUUUUGUCCCAAUCGUCAUUUUUAAAGAAACUCAUUUUGUGACUUUUGAAUGACCAGAAAAUUAAACAAAAUUCGUUUUGAAAUAUUAAAUUCUACUUUUAUUUUUUUUUAAUUUAGAUCUUUGAUAAUCUCGAAUGAGAAUGUUUGAAGAAAACU